AUGUACCAGCUUGAGAAGAUCUGGGUCCUGCUGUGCCUGGCCCUUGUCGGUGUCCUUGGCUUCGGCCAGUUCCACAUGAAGCACUAUCAGCUGCAGCGCAACUACAAUACGCAGGAGGAUUCCGGCGAGAAUGACAAUAGUGUGCUGCGAACCUUUCGUCGCUGCAUGUGGGAGCAGUCGAAGUUUCUGCCCCGCCGCCUCGUCCUUUUGAGCCUGUGCUCGAAUCUCUUCUGCGAGAACAAUCACAUAAUGCCCCGCUCCAGGUCUAUUUUCGUAGUGGAAAAAAUGUCUAGGCCGAAUGACUGCCUGGACAUCCUGCCCGAGCAAUGCGAGCAGGGCGAUGAGGAGGAGCUGAUGUACAAGCCCUUCCCCGAUUGCUGUCCGGUUUAUUGCAACCUGAAGCGUCGGAUGCAGCGCCUGCGCACCAUGCACUUCCGGCACCGCCUGCUGCGCAACAAACAGGACGGCUCAGCGGGAUCCGCUGGCGGUGGAUCCGCUGGUGGCGACGGUCCCAAUAACUCGCUCCUCAGCGAGUUUGUCUACAACAACUACUAGGGUGACAGGAUGGUUUUGCUCGGCAGGAUGGCCAACUAGGACGACGCGACGAGGACAAUCCAGCAAAUCAAAUUAUUCUGCGAUUUGUGAACCAACCGGUCAACUUGUAAAACUGCACAAAAAAGGGAGUCGCGUCACCGCAACACUGAGCGGAAAUGGAUCCAAAAUCGAGUUAUUUGGAUUGUGUUAAUCUCAAUAUGUAGGCUAUAACUUAGAUUGUAACAUAUAUAAGAUGUUAUUCAUCAAACUGAGCACAAAAAAGAAACACAAUCAAAAGUUUUUAA